UAUGUAAUACAUUUUAAAACAAGUUAGCGUUUCCAUAAUUUGUUCAUUCCCACCUGUUUACGUAGUUUGUCCUUCGGUCAAUAAAGUGAUCGCAUAAAAUAGCUAGUGGUAGGUUAUAGUAGUAGGUAAUAUCGAACCGUACGUAAAGUACGUACUUUCAUCGUAAGAUAGUAUUGUAGAUUUUUAGAAUACCCGAUCUUAUGUGUCUAGAAAUCUAGAGUUGUAAAGUUGUACUGCUAUGAUCGUACCUUACGUAGUGUUUUCUUAUGAAGUUAAAUAUUAAUUGAUCCGAUAAAUAUAUUGUCAGUGUUUAAUAUACAUUAUAUUAUUAGUCUCGGCUCAUCAAUGGCAACGAAGGUGACCUAUUCCUGGAUUAUAUAUUCAUGUUUAGUUUCCGGAUCUGGAAUUUUGUGUGACAGAAAACUCGAAAGACGACAAGCUGUAUCAUCUUGCUCAGUAAACACUGACGAUAAGUUUUAUUGUUCAAAUGGACUGUGUAUCGAAUCGUCGUGGGUUUGUGAUGGUCGUAAGGAUUGUUCAGAUGGUUCAGACGAGACUACAGAGUUGUGUGCUCUUUACGAAUAUGGAACCACGGGUUGCGGUAGAGUUGAAUUUUUCGACUUUAGUGGAAAAGCAGUUUUUGGAAAAGCACAUUGGAAUGUUGGAAUAUAUCGAUUUGAAAAUUUAAAUUAUCAAUAUUUAUGUCACGGAUCAAUUAUUGCUCCAAAUGUAGUCAUAUCUAGGGCUGAAUGUUUUUUUUAUCCCAAUAUGUUAAAUACGAAAAUAUCAGUACCAUAUGGAAAACUCAAAGUUGCUGUAGGAAAAUAUAAUUUGAAUUUUUCAAAAAUUGACAAUGAAUAUACUCAAAUAUUGAAUGUGGAAACAAUAUACAUAAAGGAAAGUUAUAAUGGAAAAGAAGGGUCAUAUGCUGAAGAUAUAGCUGUUAUUGUGUUAGAAAACAAAGGUUUGAUUACCAGUGAUGUUUCACCAAUAUGUAUCGAUUGGAAUGGAAAAUAUAUGGUACACAAUGGAGAUAUAGGAAGGAUUUUCGUUUUUGAAGAAGUGGUAAAUGGGAUAGAAAAUUCUGUUUUAUUAGAAAGAUUUGUUCAAUUCAUCGACACCAGCAAUUGUCAAAAAAAUUUUUCAACCAAAUAUAAACACUUACUGACUUUUGAUAAGUUUUGUACAACUUUUUAUUCAAGAAAAGAAGCAGGUUUCCUAGAUAGUGGAGCAGGCAUAGGUUUUGUACACUCUAAUUCUUAUUUUUUAACCGGGAUGAUGAUUAUGAGGCAUGCAAGAUUAAACGGUACAAUCGCAGGUUUUGUGGACAUUAGAUUCUAUGUUCAAUGGAUUCGUGGAAUUUUAAACAAACAUUUCACAGAUAAUUCAUGCGUUUUACCAACUGUCGUAGGAGUUAUAUAUUCCUAUGAGGGUUCUAAUGAAAUUUUAUCUCAUGGGAAAUUAAUUAAUCUUCAUCGUACUGUUAUUGAAAAGUGUGAACAAGGAUAUUAUAAGGCUCAUCCCAUAGGUUUUAGAUUUUGUCAGGGAAAAGGAAAAUGGUUAUCGAAUACUGAGAAAUUGUGUUUCAAAAUGUGUCCACCUCUAAUAUCAGAUAGUUUAGAUAUUAAAUGUAGUCAUAAUAGUAAGUAUGCUAAUUGUUCAAACUUAUCGAUACCUGAUACAAUAGCAACAGCAUCAUGUAAGCCAUUCUAUACUGCACUAAUCUCACAAGAAGAUACUCAGCUUGAAUUAAAUUGUCAGGCUAAUGGGUUGUGGAAUAAACAACUGAAUAGAUGCAAUCCAAUUUGUGGUAGAGUAUAUAUCAUAAACCAAGUGUUGAUCAACAAUGGUAAAAAAGCACUUGUUGGUACGGCACCUUGGAAUGUUGGAAUAUAUCAAUUAAAUAAAAAAAAAACAAAUUAUAACUUGAUAUGUGGAGGAUCAAUUAUUGCACCAAAUUUGGUCAUUUCUGCGGCUCAUUGUUUUUGGAAAAAAGCUAUGUUAUCUAAGAAAAUAUCAAUAACGGAUGGUCUAUACAAAAUUGCUGUUGGAAAAUAUGAUAGAAAUUUUACAAUAAUCGACAAUGAAUUUACUCAAAUAAUAAAUGUGGAAACGAUUCACCUGAAAGAAGGUUAUUAUGGACCUACUGGGUUUCAUGCUGAAGAUAUAGCUAUUAUUGUAUUAGAAAACCUAGUUUCUUUUAGUAAUGGCGUUUCACCUGUUUGUAUCGAUUGGAAUGGUGAAUACAAUGUGGCCAAUGGAGACCAAGGAAAGAUUGUUGGUUGGGGAAAAACAGAAAAAGGAAUUUCAAGUCCUAUUUUAUUAGAAGCAUCUUUACCAUACAUCGACCAUAGUACUUGCCGGGAUAUGUAUACAAAUGGAUUUGAAUUAUUUAUGACUGUUGAUAAGUUUUGUGCCGGUUCUACAUUGGGAAAUGGAGCAGAUUUCGCAGAUAGUGGAGCAGGCAUAAGCUUUCUACACUCUAAUUCUUAUUUUUUAACCGGGAUGCUGAAUAUGAGGAUUGCAGAUUCAAACAGUGCAAUCGCAGGUUUUUUGGACAUUAGAUUCUAUAUUCAAUGGAUUCGUGGAAUUUUAAACAAACAUUUUACAGAGAAUUCAUGCGUUUUACCAACUGUCGAAGGAGUUAUAUAUUCUUAUGAAGGUUCUAAUGAGAUUUUAUCUCAUGGGACAUUAAUUAAACGUCAUCGUACUGUUAUUGAGAAGUGUGAACAUGGAUAUCAUAAGGCUUAUCCCAUAGGUUUUAGAUUUUGUCGAGGAAAAGGAAAAUGGUUAUCGAAUACUGAGAAAUUGUGUUUCAAAAUGUGUCCAUCUCUAAUAUCAGAUAGUUUAGAUAUUAAAUGUAGUCACAAUGGUAAGUAUACUAAUUGUUCAAAUUUAUCGAUACCUGAUACAAUAGCAAAAACAUCAUGUAAGCCAUUCUAUACUGCACCAAUUUCACAAGAAGAUACUCCGCUUGAAUUAAAUUGUCAGGCUAAUGGAACGUGGAAUAAGCAACUGUAUAGAUGUAAUCCAAAUUGCGGUAGAGUAUAUAUCAUAAGCCAAGUGUUGAUCAACAAUGGUAAAAAAGCACUUGUUGGUACGGCAUCUUGGAAUGUUGGAAUAUAUCAAUUAAAUAAAAAAAAAACCAAUUAUGACUUGAUAUGUGGAGGAUCAAUUAUAGCACCAAAUUUGGUCAUUUCUGCGGCUCAUUGUUUUUGGAAAAAAGCUUUGUUAUCUAAGAAAAUAUCAGUAACGGAUGGUCUAUACAAAAUCGCUGUUGGAAAAUAUGAUAGAAAUUUUACGAUAAUUGACAAUGAAUUUACUCAAAUAAUAAAUGUGGAAACAAUUCACCUGAAAGAAGGUUAUUAUGGAGCUAAUGGGUUUUAUGCUGAAGAUAUAUCAAUUAUUGUGUUACAAGACCGAGUUUCUUUUAGUAAUGGUGUUUCACCUGUUUGUGUCGAUUGGAAUGGUAAAUACAAUGUGGUCAAUGGAGACAAAGGAAAGAUUGUUGGUUGGGGAAAAACAGAAAAAGGAAUUUCAAGUCCUAUUUUAUUAGAAGCAUCUUUACCAUACAUCGACCAUAGUACUUGCCGGAAUAUGUAUACAAAUGGAUUUGAAUUAUUUAUGACCGUUGAUAAGUUUUGUGCCGGUUCUACAUUGGAUUGCGGUAGAGUAUAUAUCAUAAACCAAGUGUUGAUCAACAAUGGUAAAAAAGCACUUGUUGGUACGGCACCUUGGAAUGUUGGAAUAUAUCAAUUAAAUAAAAAAAAAACCAAUUAUGACUUGAUUUGUGGAGGAUCAAUUAUUGCACCAAAUUUGGUCAUUUCUGCGGCUCAUUGUUUUUGGAAAAAAGCUAUGUUAUCUAAGAAAAUAUCAAUAACGGAUGGUCUAUAUAAAAUCGCUGUUGGAAAAUAUGAUAGAAAUUUUACGAUAAUUGACAAUGAAUUUACUCAAAUAAUAAAUGUGGAAACGAUUCACCUGAAAGAAGGUUAUUAUGGAGCUGAUGGGUUUCAUGCUGAAGAUAUAUCAAUUAUUGUGUUACAAGAACGAGUUUCUUUUAGUAAUGGUGUCUCACCUGUUUGUAUCGAUUGGAAUGGUAAAUACAAUGUGGUCAAUGGAGACCAAGGAAAGAUUGUUGGUUGGGGAAUAACAGAAAAAGGAAUUUCAAGUCCUAUUUUAUUAGAAGCAUCUUUACCAUACAUCGACCAUAGUACAUGCCGGAAUAUGUAUACAAAUGGAUUUGAAUUAUUUAUGACUGUUGAUAAGUUUUGUGCCGGUUCUACAUUGGUUUCAGAACAAGGAGUGAGUAAGGGAGAUAGCGGUGCAGGAUUAUGCUUUUUCCAUUCUGAUUCUUAUUAUUUAACUGGAGUAGUAAGUAUCAAGGAUCCAAAUACAACUAAUUCGAUCGCAGUUUUUACAGAAGUUAAGUACCACAUUCAAUGGAUUCGUGGACUGUUUAACAAAUAUAAUUAAGUCCAAUAAGUUUAUGGCAAUGUUAAUAAAAUAAUUUCCAAUUGUAUGAAUUAAAGCAAUAUUAAAAAUUGUAAAUAAUUAUAAAAAUAGGGAUUCACUUAUAUGUAACAAUUUUUAAAAGUUCAUAAAAUUGUUCAUUUAAAUUGAUCGUAAUAUGUACGUAUGGUUUAAUACAUAUGUAGUACCUAAGUAUUAUACAGGUAAAUGUAUUGAAUGGUAAUAAAUUGAAGUUUUUAGCGUACUUAUACCAAUA